AUGGCUGCGUCACAGACGCCGAUGGAGGAUACCAUCCGUCAAAAGAUCACUGAAGCUUUCGCACCGACUUCACUCGAGAUCUUCAAUGACUCGCACAAACACGCACAUCAUCAGGCAAUGCAAGGGAGCACUUCGAAAGAGACCCAUUUCAGAGUGAACAUCAUCUCGGAUUCUUUCAAGUCAAAGAUGCAGCCGGCGAGGCAUCGGAUGGUAUAUACCUUGUUGAAGGAUGAGCUAGCGGCGGAAGGUGGCAUUCAUGCCUUGCAGUUGAAGACGAAGACGGUGGAAGAGGUAGAGAAGGCAAAAGCAAAGGAGGAGUCUUCAAGCUCCUGA